AGUUGCGACUCAUCCUCCUGGGCGGGGAGAGGUGGCAGUCAAGUCCUCCCAUAUCCCAGCAGGCAGUGCAGUCUGGAGACUCUGACAAAGGAGCAGGGAGCAGUCGCAGCUGCUUUCCGAAGAGCCAGUGUUGCUGAGAUUGCCAAAAUGCUUUGGAGUUUUUAACUGAAUCUAAGAAAGUCCAAAAUAGAUUUGAGACUGUAAAGACAGAAGCUGAAGCAAGGGGGAUCCAGUGCCAAUGCAUCAACAAAAAAGACAACCAGAGUUAGUGGAAGGGAGUCUUCCUGUCUUUGUGUUUCCCACGGAGUUAAUAUUUUAUGCAGAUGAUCAGUCAACACAUAAACAAGUGUUGACUCUGUACAAUCCCUAUGAGUUUGCCUUAAAGUUCAAAGUUUUGUGUACGACUCCAAAUAAAUAUGUUGUCGUUGAUGCUGCCGGUGCAGUGAAGCCACAGUGCUGUGUGGAUAUUGUGAUACGCCAUAGAGAUGUUCGAUCCUGUCACUAUGGUGUGAUCGACAAAUUCCGCCUCCAGGUUUCUGAACAAAGCCAGAGGAAGGCCUUGGGAAGGAAAGAGGUUAUCGCCACUCUUCUCCCUUCUGCUAAAGAACAAAAGGAAGAGGAGGAGAAGAGAAUAAAGGAACACUUAACCGAAAGUGUGUUUUUUGAGCAGUCAUGUCAACCAGAAAACAGAGCCGUCUCUUCAGGACCUAGUUUGCUAACUGUCUUCCUGGGUGUGGUGUGUAUUGCGGCCCUGAUGCUACCUACUCUAGGGGAUAUGGAAUCGCUGGUGCCUCUCUACCUCCACUUAAGUGUGAAUCAAAAAUUAGUGGCUGCUUAUAUCUUAGGUCUUAUCACAAUGGCUAUACUUAGAACAUGAGCAAGGAUUGAAACUGACUUCUGAAGCAAAUUUAUCUUAAAAUAGGAAUGUGGACUGCCUUUUAUCUCUUUCACUCCAUUAACACACUACAAAUUAUUGAAUGAUUUCAAAUAACUGCAAAUGUAUAAUAUAUAUUUUCAAUUAGUCUAUAAUUGUAUUUGAAGGGCUGUAGCACUUUAUGUUACAGACAACAACGAUACUUCUGAGUGAUACCUAGGAAAUUAUUUGAAGACAUUCUUUUUAAAUCUAUACCUGUUGUGCAAAUAACUUCAAUUCAACGUUAUUGUUCAUCUUUUUUAUUUUGAACUCACUUUGAUAAGGGUCAUGGGUCCUUCAAAGUUUUAGACCUAAAUGAACAACUGACCAGCUUGAAAAUAAAUGACAUUUAUUGCCUAGACACAAGCACCGACAUUACUAUGUAAGUCAUAGAUUUCCUCCUAUCAUUACAAGGAGCUGCUGUGGUGUUUCUAAGGGGAAACAGUCAGUGCGUGAGGGGUUGAAAACAAGGUACUUACUGAGGGACCAUGCCUACCCUGGACUCUUCAAAGAAGACAAGAUGUAUUGAAAUUAGCUUGUGAACUACAGAACAGAUUGUAGCUCAGACAACAGGCACCUCCCAGAAGUAGAUUACUGUUUCUCUUUCUAAAGAAAGGUAGGCAUUUUAAAAAUUAAUUGGUCUGUCCUGGCUUUACUUCUGGUUAAUCCUUAAUGUAUUAAGGAGAAAAUCAAUUUUUGGGUUUCUCCCAGGUCCCUUGCUUGCCUGAGUGUGACUUGCCCUGGUUAGGAAUGUCAAAUGACAAUUAGUUUCUGAGGACAUGAAUUUUUUUACAUUCAAACUCUUAAGCCAAGUAGAGAAAGCCCUAGAUGGCCGUGUCUAUUUUGUAUUGGCCACUGGGAUGUUUUUUAAGUUUUUAUUUAUUCAAAUAAAUUUACCAAAAACAGCCCCCUAAGCACAAGGACUUCCAUUUCUUGAUAGCGUUCUCUGGCGUCUCACAUCUGUGUGUUUAACUGUUGUCGCAGCAACCGAUCUUUUUCCUCUUAGGAUUUUUAUCUGAAAGCACAAUACAUCAAGUCUCUUGAAAAUCGAAUUCUCUUUUAGCUCUUUUUAUGAAAUAAACUUUAUGCACUGCUAAUGUAGCAUUCUCAAGGAUUAUAUGUACACACAAAUGUAUGCCUGAAGUUGAGUUUUUUGGCAGAAAACAAUACUCUGCUUGUAGAAGCUUUUUGUCUCGUAUUUCAUAAAUCAUUGUUUACCCUUUUGUGGAGCAGCAAUCAUCCAGUGGAUCAUGUCUGUACAUUGUGUAAUGAUUGAAAGGCACAUUGAACUCAUAAAGAAAACAUGUUUGUGAAA